UCGCUGGGGUCCGCCCGGCUGUUUUUGUCCUUGACUCUGAGCACAUGGUUUGAAUGUGUCAGCAUGCUGGUGAUCCUGCUGAACUGCGUGACGCUCGGCAUGUAUCAGCCGUGCGACGACAUGGACUGCCUGUCAGACCGCUGCAAAAUCCUGCAGGUCUUCGAUGACUUCAUCUUUGUCUUCUUUGCCAUGGAGAUGGUGCUCAAGAUGGUGGCCCUGGGCAUUUUUGGCAAGAAGUGCUACCUUGGGGACACAUGGAACCGCCUGGAUUUCUUCAUCGUCAUGGCUGGGAUGGUCGAGUACUCCUUGGACCUGCAGAACAUCAACCUGUCCGCCAUCCGCACCGUGCGUGUCCUGCGGCCCCUCAAAGCCAUCAACCGCGUGCCCAGUAUGCGGAUCCUGGUGAACCUGCUCCUGGACACGCUGCCCAUGCUGGGCAAUGUCCUCCUGCUCUGCUUCUUUGUCUUCUUCAUCUUCGGCAUCAUCGGCGUGCAGCUCUGGGCCGGCCUGCUGCGCAACCGCUGCUUCCUGGAGGAGAACUUCACCAUACAAGGGGAUGUGGCUCUGCCUCCCUACUACCAGCCAGAGGAGGAUGAUGAGAUGCCCUUCAUCUGCUCCCUGUCGGGGGACAACGGCAUCAUGGGCUGCCACGAGAUCCCCCCGCUCAAGGAGCAGGGCCGCGAGUGCUGCCUGUCCAAGGACGACGUGUAUGACUUUGGGGCGGGGCGCCAGGACCUCAACGCCAGUGGGCUCUGUGUCAACUGGAACCGCUACUACAACGUGUGCCGCACGGGCAGUGCCAACCCCCACAAGGGCGCCAUCAACUUUGACAACAUUGGCUACGCCUGGAUCGUCAUCUUCCAGGUGAUCACCCUGGAAGGCUGGGUGGAGAUCAUGUACUAUGUGAUGGACGCGCAUUCCUUCUACAACUUCAUCUAUUUCAUCCUCCUUAUCAUAGUGGGCUCCUUCUUCAUGAUCAACCUGUGCCUCGUCGUCAUAGCGACCCAGUUCUCGGAGACCAAGCAGCGGGAGCACCGGCUGAUGCUGGAGCAGCGGCAGCGCUACCUGUCCUCCAGCACAGUGGCCAGCUACGCCGAGCCGGGCGACUGCUAUGAGGAGAUCUUCCAGUACGUCUGCCACAUCCUGCGCAAGGCCAAGCGCCGUGCCCUGGGCCUGUACCAGGCUGUGCAGAGCCGCCGCCAGGCCCUGGGCCCCAGGGUGCCCGCCUCUGCCAAGCCCGGGCCCCAUGCCAAGGAGACCAGGCACUACAAGCUGUGCCCAAGACACAGCCCCCUGGACCCGACGCCCCACACGCUGGUGCAGCCCAUCUCUGCCAUGCUGGCCUCCGAUGCCGCCAGCUGCCCCCGCUGCCAGCAUGAGGCAGGCCGGCGGCCCUCGGGCCUGGGCAGCACUGACUCGGGCCAGGAGGGCUCAGGCUCCGGCGGCUCAGGCGGUUGCGAUGACGAGGCCGAUGGGGACGGUGCCCCGAGCAGCGAGGACGGGGCGUCCUCGGGGCUGGGGAAGGAGGACGAGGAGGAGCGGGCGGAGGGGGCAGCCCGGCUGUGUGGGGACGUGUGGCGCGAGACCAGAGCCAAGCUGCGCGGCAUCGUGGACAGCAAGUACUUCAACCGCGGCAUCAUGAUCGCCAUCCUGGUCAACACCGUCAGCAUGGGCAUCGAGCACCACGAGCAGCCCGAGGAGCUGACCAAUAUCCUGGAGAUCUGCAACGUGGUCUUCACCAGCAUGUUCGCACUGGAGAUGCUCCUGAAGCUGGCGGCCUUUGGGCUCGUCGACUACCUGCGCAACCCCUACAACAUCUUCGACAGCAUCAUCGUCAUCAUCAGCAUCUGGGAGAUCGUGGGGCAGGCGGACGGUGGCUUGUCGGUGCUGCGGACCUUCCGGCUACUGCGGGUGCUGAAACUGGUGCGCUUCAUGCCCGCGCUGCGGCGCCAGCUGGUGGUGCUCAUGAAGACCAUGGACAACGUGGCCACCUUCUGCAUGCUGCUCAUGCUCUUCAUCUUCAUCUUCAGCAUCCUCGGGAUGCACAUCUUCGGCUGCAAAUUUAGCCUCCGCACAGACACGGGAGACACGGUCCCCGACAGGAAGAACUUUGACUCCCUGCUGUGGGCCAUCGUCACCGUCUUCCAGAUCCUCACCCAGGAGGACUGGAACGUCGUCCUCUACAACGGCAUGGCCUCCACCUCCCCGUGGGCCUCCCUCUACUUUGUUGCCCUCAUGACCUUUGGCAACUAUGUGCUCUUCAACCUGCUGGUGGCCAUCCUGGUGGAGGGCUUCCAGGCGGAGGGCGACGCCAAUCGCUCCUACUCGGACGAGGACCAGAGCUCAUCCAACAUGGAAGAGUUUGACAAGCUCCAGGAGGGCCUGGACGGCGGCGGAGAUCCCAAGCUCUGCCUAAUGCCCAUGACCCCCAAUGGGCACCUGGAUCCCAGUCUCCCACUUGGUGGACAUCUGGGCCCCGCUGGGGCUGCGGCACCUGCUCCCCGCCUUUCACUGCAGCCAGACCCUGUGUUGGUGGCCCUGGGCUCCCGCAAGAGCAGCGUCAUGUCCCUGGGGAGGGUGAGCUACGACCAGCGCUCACUGUCCAGCUCCCGGAGCUCCUACUACGGGCCUUGGGGCCGCAGCAGCGGGGCCUGGGCCAGCCGCCGCUCCAGCUGGAGCAGCCUCAAGCACAAGCCGCCGUCCGCCGAGCACGAGUCCCUGCUCUCCGCCGAGCGCGGCGCGGCCCGGGCGGGCGAGGGCGCCCGGGACGAGGGGCUGCCGCGGGCCGCACCCCCGCACGCCCCGCACGCGCACCGCGCGCCCCACCCGGCGCGCCGGCACCGCCACCGCCGCACGCUGUCGCUGGACACCAGAGACGCGGCGGACCUGGCCGAGCCGGGGCCCGCGGCGGGCGGCCACGCCCGGGCGGCCUGGAGGGCGGCGGGCUCGGGCCCCGGGCACGAGGACUGCAACGGCCGCAUGCCCAGCAUCGCCAAGGACGUGUUCACCAAGAUGGACGACCGGCGCGGGCGCGGGGAGGACGAGGAGGACAUCGACUACACGCUGUGCUUCCGCGUGCGCAAGAUGAUUGACGUCUACAAACCCGACUGGUGUGAGGUCCGCGAGGACUGGGCUGUCUACCUCUUCUCCCCGGAGAACAGGUUCCGCGUUCUAUGUCAGACCAUCAUUGCCCACAAGCUCUUCGACUAUGUCGUCCUGGCCUUCAUCUUCCUCAAUUGCAUCACCAUCGCCCUGGAGCGGCCCCAGAUCGAGGCUGGCAGCACUGAACGCAUCUUCCUCACUGUGUCCAACUACAUCUUCACAGCCAUCUUCGUGGGCGAGAUGACAUUGAAGGUGGUCUCGCUGGGUCUGUAUUUCGGGGAGCAGGCGUACCUGCGCAGCAGCUGGAACGUGCUGGACGGCUUCCUCGUCUUCGUGUCCAUCAUCGACAUUGUGGUGUCCGUGGCCUCGGCAGGGGGUGCCAAGAUCCUGGGGGUCCUCCGGGUCCUGCGGCUCCUGCGCACCUUGCGACCCUUGCGUGUCAUCAGCCGGGCUCCUGGGCUGAAGCUGGUGGUGGAGACGCUCAUUUCCUCCCUCAAGCCCAUCGGCAACAUUGUUCUCAUCUGCUGUGCCUUCUUCAUCAUCUUUGGCAUUCUGGGAGUGCAGCUCUUUAAGGGCAAGUUCUACCACUGCUUGGGCGUGGACACCCGCAACAUCACCAACCGGUCCGACUGCGUGGCUGCCAACUACCGCUGGGUCCAUCACAAGUACAACUUUGACAACCUGGGCCAGGCGCUGAUGUCCCUCUUCGUCCUGGCCUCCAAGGACGGCUGGGUCAACAUCAUGUACAACGGGCUGGACGCUGUUGCCGUGGACCAGCAGCCAGUGCCCAACCACAACCCCUGGAUGCUGCUGUACUUCAUCUCGUUCCUGCUCAUCGUCAGCUUCUUCGUGCUCAACAUGUUCGUGGGCGUGGUGGUGGAGAACUUCCACAAGUGCCGGCAGCACCAGGAGGCUGAGGAGGCGCGGCGGCGUGAGGAGAAGCGGCUGCGGCGCCUGGAGAAGAAGCGCCGGAAGGCCCAGCGGCUACCCUACUAUGCCACCUACUGUCCCACCCGGCUGCUUAUCCACUCCAUGUGCACCAGCCACUACCUGGACAUCUUCAUCACCUUCAUCAUCUGCCUCAAUGUGGUCACCAUGUCCCUGGAGCACUACAAUCAGCCCACGUCCCUGGAGACAGCCCUCAAAUACUGCAACUACAUGUUCACCACUGUCUUUGUGCUGGAAGCUGUACUGAAAUUGGUUGCAUUUGGUCUGAGGCGCUUCUUCAAGGACCGGUGGAAUCAGCUGGACCUGGCCAUUGUGCUGCUGUCGGUCAUGGGCAUCACACUGGAGGAGAUCGAGAUCAACGCAGCACUGCCUAUCAACCCCACCAUCAUCCGUAUCAUGCGGGUUCUGCGCAUCGCCCGGGUGCUGAAGCUGUUGAAGAUGGCCACAGGCAUGCGUGCCCUGCUGGACACCGUGGUACAAGCGCUGCCCCAGGUGGGCAACCUGGGCCUCCUCUUCAUGUUGCUAUUCUUCAUCUACGCGGCCCUGGGCGUGGAGCUCUUUGGAAAGCUGGUCUGCAAUGAUGAGAACCCGUGUGAGGGCAUGAGUCGGCACGCCACCUUUGAGAACUUCGGCAUGGCCUUCCUCACGCUCUUCCAGGUCUCGACCGGCGACAACUGGAACGGGAUCAUGAAGGACACGCUGCGGGACUGCACCCACGACGAGCGCAGCUGCCUGAGCAGCCUGCAGUUCGUGUCGCCGCUGUACUUCGUCAGCUUCGUGCUCACCGCCCAGUUCGUGCUCAUCAACGUGGUGGUGGCCGUGCUCAUGAAGCACCUGGACGACAGCAACAAGGAGGCCCAGGAGGACGCCGAGAUGGACGCCGAGCUCGAGCUGGAGAUGGCCCACGGCCUGGGCCCCGGCCCUCGGCCGCCCGCUGGCUCCCCGGGGGCGCCCGGCCUAGGGCCCGGGGGGGCGGGCGGCGGGGGUGACGCCGAGGGCCGCCUGUGCCGGCGCUGCUACUCUCCAGCCCAGGAGAACCUGUGGCUGGACAGCGUCUCUUUAAUCAUCAAGGACUCCUUGGAGGGGGAGCUGACCAUCAUCGACAACCUGUCCGGCUCCAUCUUCCACCACUACUCCUCGCCGGCCGGCUGCGACAAGUGUCAACACGACAAGCAAGAGGUACAGCUGGCCGAGACGGAGGCCUUCUCCCUGAACUCGGACAGGUCCUCCUCCAUCCUGCUGGGUGACGACCUGAGUCUCGAGGACCCCCCUGCCGGCCCGCUAGGCCCCAGAGACAGCAAGGCGAACCUCGCAGGGGACCAGGAGGCUGACGAGAGCGGGGAGGCGUCCCAUCAGGGGGAGCCAGACCCUCCGGAACCCGUGCAUGUGGGGGAUGUGGACGAAUGCCUCUUCCCCUUGCCCAGCGUGGCUGCCUCCUCGGGGCCGGAGAACUUGCUGUGUGAGAUGGAGACGAUGGCCUUCAACCCUGUCCGGUCCUGGCUGAAACACGAGAGCAACCCAGCUGCACCCCAGAGCCCCUUCUCCCCGGACGCCUCCAGCCCACUCCUGCCUGUGCCUGCGGAGUUCUUUCACCCCGCCGUGUCUGCCAGCCAGAAGGGGCAGGAGAAGGGUGCCAGCACUGGGACCCUCCCCAAGAUCGCCCUGCAGGGCUCCUGGGCGUCGCUGCGGUCGCCGAGCGUCAACUGCACCCUCCUCCGGCAGGUACGGCCCCUCGCUCUCAAGGACGCGCGCAGCGACUCCUCGCUGGAGGCCAGCCCCAGCAGCUCAGCCGGCAGCCUGCAGACCACGCUGGAGGACAGCCUGACCCUGAGCGACAGCCCCCGGCGCGCCCUGGGGCCGCCCGCGCCUGUCCUGGGCCCCCUGGCCGGCCCUUCGCCCACUGCCUGCCGCAGCCUUAGCCUGCGGGGCCGGGGCCUGUUCAGCCGGCGCGGGCGGCGCGCGCACCAGCGCAGCCACAGCAGCGGGGGCUCCACCAGCCCGGGCUGCACCCACCACAACUCCAUGGACCCCUCGGAUGAGGAGGGCGCGGGCGGCCGGGGCGGCGCGGGCGGCGGGGGCGCGGGCAGCGAGCACUCGGAGACCCUCAGCAGCCUCUCGCUCACCUCCCUCUUCGGCCCGCCGCCCCCGCCGCCCGGGCUCACGCCGCCCCGCAGCAAGGACCCGCCGGGCCGGGCAGAGUCGGCCGCUGGCCUGGGCCCGUCGCCCGGGAAGCUGCAGCCCGGAGACCCGGCCAGCAAGAGGAAGAGAUGA